CAGCUCAAACUACUCGGAGAAACUCCCAGAAAGUUAGCGCCUUCAAGAGAAGAUUCGAAUCCAGUUCUCUCUUAUAAUAAUGUCUGGUUCAAAACGUCAGGCGGUCAAAAUAGUUCUUAUCGAUACUCAGUACGUUGAAACUGACCAAAAGAGCUUCAAAUCAGUGGUUCAGCAGCUCACAGGCAAAGAUUCAUGCGUUGCAUGGAUACAAGGGAGCUCCCCCAAGGGUGCAAAAACAGAGACAUUGCAUAACAAGCAGCUGGAAGAUAAUCAUGUUUAUAGUUAUGAUAAUCAAAGAGGCAAUGAUGGUACUACUGCAUCGGCUUCUAUUUUGUCAAAAGGCAUGUCGUUUAACGAUUUAGAUGGGUUGAUUUUGGAGCUUCCUGUAGAGGAUUUCUCAUGGUUGUAUAACUAUUGCAGUACUGAUUCACAAUGCUAG